GUAUGAAAUACAUGGGGUUGAUCCUCCUUACACCCUACUCUCAUUCCAGUUGAGGGAGGUAGGUCUUCCUUUUUGACCAUGGGAAGGAGAGCAGCCCAGGAGCAGGAAGUACAGAGAAUCACAGCUCUGUACCUGGGUGGGGAGAUGAAGGGGAUGUGCCGGUCCCACAAUGAGGCCACCAAAGAGGGGCUAAUGGACCAGUGCAAACACCAGCGUGGCCGGGGGGAGCCCAGGAGACACACCGUUACCAGUGGGGUAGAUUACAGCUUGCUGAAGAAGAUGAAGGAGCUCGAGCAAGAGAAGGAUUUCCUCCUGCAGGGGCUGGAGAUGGUGGAAAGAGCACGAGACUGGUACCACCAGCAGAUCCACAUAGUCCAGGAGCAACAGAGGAACCUUGGCAAAACUCCAACAGAUUAUAUCUGUGAUGGAAAGUCCAGUUCCCUAAACCAACAACUCCCUAAAUUAAUGGAGGUAAAUCGCUGCCUGGGGGAAUUGGUUGCCACUGGGAAGACUAGCGCUCCCUCCCCACCUACAAACAUGGGUCAGACGGCGGCUCCGGGUGUAUCGGGUCAGCAAGUACAACCGGGGACUAUGCUGAAGGAACAGAACCGGCUUCUGACCAAGGAGGUGUCGGAGAAGAGCGACCGGAUCACCCAACUGGAGCAGGAGAAGUCGGCUCUGAUCAAGCAGCUGUUUGAGGCCCGAGCGAGAAACGUCCAGGAUUCAAACCCAAUGGACUCCACGUUCAUAUGAACUGGGACUGGUGGAAAGCACUGUGACUUCUGAUUGGUUGUUGAGCAGCUGCUUUAGUGAUUGGCUCACUACACUCCCAUGAUGCACAGCUUGACUCCACCGAUGUCCCUCUCCUUCCCACAACAUUGGUCCCAUGCGGGUUACAUUCAGCGCUACAUCCAGAGCCUUCCUUGCACCACCAUCACACUCCUCUUUGUUCUCCCGACUGGACCUCAUGUUUGCCCUUUUUGACGACUGAAAUUCUGUAUCCGCACAAACUGUCACCUCACAAGGCCGUUCUAACAAUAUGGAGUGUUUUUAUAUAAUGUUUACACUUGGACUUGUCUUUUUAAUCAGAUGAAUCUCCAAUAUUAAACCGUUAAAGAAACAAGUAGGCGGAGCUUUGCCCUUGUAAACGGCGCUGAUUUCAUUUUGCACAGAAGAACCAAGAAACACCCUGAUCGGAUUUACUGACUUCAUAUAAUUGGGGUGAUCAUAUGGGGUCAUUUUCCACUGAACCCCUGUCCUUUCCUGGAUUCUACAGUGGCCCCUUUGGUCAAAACAUCACACAGGAUCACCAUCACCCCAUUCCCAAAAUGCUUGGGAAACUGAGACCCCCAUAAAUUCUCAGCACAUGAAACAACUUCUAUUUGUAUAUUUGUUUGUUUCCUUUUAGUUUUGUUUAACUAAAUCUCUUAAAUAUC